AUGUUGUUGUUGAUGUCUUUUCUGUUAUUUUCGUGUGUUUUAUUUUCUUCCUCAUUGGCCAUUAAUUGUCCAAUUGGAUUCGAUGACUUCAACGAGAGCACAUGUUAUAAAGUGAGUAGAUCAGAAACAGAAAAUUUUCAGGGGACUUGGUUUAUUUUUAAAAUAAAGAUUGUUGAAUACCAACUUCCAGAUAAUUUAUGAGAGAGCAAGUUAUUUGGAUGCUUCUACGAAAUGUGGACAAAUUGGUGGAACAUUGAUAUCGAUUCAUAAUGCGAUAGUGAGCAAGAAUCUCAAUUUUCUUCGAUUUCAAAAAUUUUCCAGGAUAACGCAUUUCUUCUCAAAAUAAUCAAUGAGACAACUUGGAUUGGUCUUGAAUGUUAUUCAAAUGAAUGUCAAUGGGAUGAUGGAAGUGGAACUAUUUCAAAUUACAGUAAUUUCUAUGGAAAUCAGAUUCAACCAUCGGUUGGAAAUUGUGUGACAGUUGAUUCAGCUAUUGGAAAAUGGUUGAAUACUCCUUGUUCUUCAACAUUUAAUUUUAUCUGUGAACGUACACCAAUUGAAGAAUCAUGUGCUUUAAGCUAUUCGGGUUUUUGUUAUAAUCCUUAUACAAUCGCCUUAUCGGAAAAUGAUGCCGAAACAGUUUGUCAACAAGAAUGUGGUCAUCUUGUAUCGAUUCAUUCAUUCAAUGAAAACUCGAAUAUACGAACACUUUUUGAUGCAAAUUUAUAUAAUUAUGUGAGAAUUGGGGCGAAAUAUGAUGAAACUUGGACUGAUAAUUCAUCUUGGACUUAUCAAAAUAUCGGUUACAAAAAUCAAAAUUUUGGUUUAUGUUAUAGUUUAGCUCUUACAAAUGAUGUUGUCAGUGUUGGUAAAUGGAUUAGCAGUAAAUGUGCAACAUUAUUACCAUUUGUUUGCAAACGUGAAAUUGGUGCAAUUUGUGGCACAACUCCAUCACCAACUCUGGCUCCAAGCCAAUGUGUCGGUCCACAAUUCGGUGAAAAUCAGGGGUAUAUUUAUUCGCCAGAUUAUCCAUAUUCAUAUUUUUCAUCGAAUCAAUCACAAUGCACUUAUAUUUUGAGCACACCUUUGAAUUCGUUCACAAGUGUUGUAUUUUAUGAUUUCUCAUUUGAUCAAUAUUCUUCAAUCAUGCUUUAUAAUGAUAUCGAAGAUAUGAAUCCAUUCGUAAUUUUCGAUUAUUUUAAUCCACCUCGAGGAAGUUAUAAUUCUACUACAAAUACAAUGAAAGUUGUAUUCCAUCCAAGAAAUCAGAAUACAAAUAAUACAAAAUAUUUGUGGAGUAUAUACUAUUUCCCAACAUAUUUAAAUAAUUCAGUAUUGACAACUACAACAACUGAAUCACCAUUUAAUUCUACGCAACCUUCUCAAUCAACAACAAAAAUAAUAUUUACUUGUGGACCAUCAAAAUACUACGUUCCACCCGCUGAUAUUAUUUAUCCAAAUGGAGUUUACUUGCCAUACGAUCAGAAAUGUUAUUACAGUAUAUCAACAUCUUUCGGAAACCGGUUAGUUGUGAUAGACGAAAUUAUUUAAAAAAAAUAUAUAAAUUUAGAAUUGGUAUCACUUUUUCCACGGUUGAUUUACAACAUUCGAGCAAUAUUACUGUAUAUGAUGGAGCUUCAACAUCUUCUUCAGUUAUGCUUUAUCUCGAUUAUUAUAGUAGUAAUGGUGGUCCAAGAACUACAACUUCAAAUCAUAUGCUAAUUAUAUUGAACACACGUUCAAGAUAUGAUGGUUUCCGUGCCAAAGUUACAAAUAUAAAUUGA